AUGCAUGGAAAGCAGGUAAUAUUGGGGAGGGAUGCGGGUAAGUGGUACCAAUGCAAGGCCAGCUCGGAGUCGCAGAUGGGGUGUAUGCUGUCUCUACUUCAAUGGAGGAGGAGGCGGUUUUGCCAACGCAACGGGACCCGCCCGGAGAGACAGAGGGGCGAAGCGAGUGAUUGCAGAGCGCGAGACAACACGACAGAGAAAGAGAGGACAAGGAAGGAUGACGCGGAGGUGCACAGCACGCAAAGAGAGAUUAAAUCAGAGAAAUCGAGAAGCAAACCUAUCAAGGAACGUGGCAAUGCGAAAACGAGAGAGUGUGUGAACAAGAAGAGACGAUAG